UCAACCCGACAUAGCCGCCACAGUGCUCGUGCUCCACACCACUCGCAGCUCACUCGCCAGUCGCUACUCGCUGCCCACCAACGAACCCAGCCAAAAAAGGAGGGCGUCGGCCGACCUCGCGCGAGCCCGCCCACCCACCACACCACGGCCCCGGCGAUGGCCGCCGCAGCCAUGGACGGCCUCGACGAGGAGUCGCUGCAGGAGCUGCGGAGCCAGGCGACGCGGCUGCUGCUCAAGGAGGACUGGGAGGGGUACGCCGCCGUCUGCUCCCGCAUCGUGCGCGGCGCCGCCGCGACGGACCGCCGGGUUCUCUGCUCCGCGCUCGCCCACCGCGCCGACGCCCGCGCGCGCCUCGGCGACCGCCCCGGCGCGCUCGCCGACUGCGACGCCGCGCUCGCCGCCGACCCGGCCCACCCGGCCGCGCUGCUCGCCAAGGGCGCGCUCCUCCGCGGCCUCGGCCGCUACGCUCUCGCCGCCGACUGCUUCCGCGCCGCGCUCCCGCCCGGCGCCUCGGGCGCCGACGAGGCGCGGGAGAUGCUCGACCAGUGCAGGCGCCUCGAGGCGCAGGCCAGGAGCGGGGCGGUGGACCUGUCGGACUGGGUCCUCGCCGGGUUCUCCGGCAAGUGCCCGGACCUCGCGGAGUUCGUCGGCCCGGUGGAGGUGCGCCGGUCCGCGCACGACGGCCGAGGGGUCUUUGCGGUGAAGGGCGUUGAGGCGGGGGCCACGCUGAUGAUCUCCAAGGCGGUGGCGACCGGGAGGGGGGUGAUCCCGGAUGCGGCAGACAGCGACGAGAAGAUGGUCGUCUGGAAGGACUUCGUAGACAAGGUGCUCGACGCCGCGGAGAAGUGCCCGAGGACGGCGUCUUUGAUCUACACUCUGUCCACCGGCGAGGAGCAGGAAGACGAGCUCGCCGUGCCGGACAUGGCAGUGUUCAAGCAAGAAUCAGAGGAUCUCAGCGACGGCGUACUAGAGGCUGGCACUGGCACACGAGAGGCUCUCGAUGUGGACAGGGUCAUGAAGGCGCUCGACGUCAAUUGCUUGACCGAGGACGCGCCGUCUGCCAAUCUGCUCGGCAACAAUGGCAUCGUCAACUGCGGCGUGGGGUUGUGGAUCUUGCCGUCGUUCCUAAACCACUCCUGCCACCCCAAUGCCCGGCGCACCCACGUCGGCGACCACGCCAUUGUUCACGCCUCGAGGGACAUCAAGGCCGGCGAGGAGGUCACGUUCCCCUACUUCGACGUGCUCACGCCGGUGGGGAAGCGCCGGGAGGCAGCAAGGGCUUGGGGGUUCGAGUGCCGGUGUGACCGGUGCCGGUUCGAAGCCGAGGACGCCGUUCUCAGGCAGGAGCUCGUGAGAUCAGAGAACGAGUUGGUCAAUGGAGGGGCAGACAUGGGAGCGCUGGUGGUGAGGCUUGAGGACAAGAUGAGGAAGUCCAUGGUGAAGGAGAGGCGAAAGGCAUUCGUGCGUGCAUCCUUCUGGAGCGCGUACUCUUCCUUGUUCGACAAUGGCAGGUUGAUGAGGAAAUGGGGGAGGAAGGUUCUCGGAGAGGCCGUCGUCGCAGAGAGCGUCGCCGGCGCGGUCGGCGGGGGCGAGAGUGUGCUGAGGGCAAUGCUGAGGGGCGCCAACGAAGGCAAUGGCUGCGGCAAUCGGCUGGAGGUUGAGGACAAGGUGGUGAGGAUUGGGAGGGCUACCUAUGGCAAGGUAGUGAAGAGGCAGGCAAUGAGGGCUCUCUUCAGACUUACACUGGAGAGUGACAACUGCAAAAGCCUCUAGAUUUUCAUUCUUGCUCUUAAUCUUAUUCUUUAUUCGUUGGUUCAGAUAGGUUUCUAACAGCAAAUGUUCUGUUUGCUCAGUGUUUUGUACUAAGAGGAUGGUCGAAUAUCAAGAUCAUAGAGAGCUCUAUUUUUACGCUCUCUUGGUCUUGGUUUCGGGUAAUUCUUUCAUUGUUUGACAUGUAUUCUCCCAUUUUAUGCAUGUCAUUUAUCAA